AUGUCACCGGCAGCGCUCCGCCAUCCAUCUUAUCCGCCAUCUCACAAAUUAAUCUGUUCGACUUCCCAGAUGCUGUCGCUACGCGAUGAUGAGGACGACGACAACCACCUCUGCAUCAAAUGCAACAUGACUAUCGUCGGGCUCGAUAACUACGUGAAGCACAGAAAACAGCGAUGUGGCAAAAUAUCGAAACCUGAAACUUCUAAAGCUGAUAUUCCUAGUAUAGAUACUUUAGAUCCUACUUACAACCUCGGCGCUGAUGUAUUUUUCCAGUCUCUCGAAUUACAGAGCAGUGUUAAAAAGACUUCACUCUCGAGACUCACUCCACCUAUACCGAUAUCUAAAGCAGUUUUAGACACGAAAAGCACUUUAGUAGAAGCUUCCACAUCUAGAGAUAUUCCUCGGAUGAGUCCACUGGAAACGAACUUAAGAGAAGAGGACUGGAUAGGAGGACGUUCUUUGAGAAUCAAUACAAACGAAGAUAAUCAGACUAAAUUUAUUAAUGCUGUCGCUAGCAUCAGCGGUUCAGUGAAAAAGGAAAUAUCAACAUCAACUUAUAGCAUCGCAGCUUUUAAUGACUUCAAGUGUGAUGAAGAUUUUGAUGAAUCAGAAGAUUCCGAUGAAGACGAUGACGAAGAACCACCUACCAGCGGAGGAAAAUGGAAACCUCCUCCUAACUACACAGGCGGAAAAUGGAGGCCUGCUUCCCCCGAAAAUGAAGAAUGGGAUAUGAGAGAAGAGCAGGAACAUACAGGAGGCAAAUGGAAACCAAUAAUGCCAGAUUCUAACGAAAGAGAGGACGAUUAUGAUGCUCCUCCACCAGGUCACACUAAAGGUAAAUGGGUGCCUGGUCACGAAAAAGCUCAAAUCAUGCAAACGAAGAUACAGACAAAAGGUUCAGUACAGUACUGGUGUGGUCCAUGCAAUCGACGGUUAGGUUCUCGAGCUAUUUACGAAAAGCACUUGAUGUCCAGUUUACACAUGAGGAAAGUCCUUCCAGAACAUGAAUUAGAAUUCUCUGGGCAUUUGAAUCCUUUACGCUCAGGCAAAAGGUCAUCGCGCCCGUCUAGAUUCACCGACAAUACGAUUUACUUACAAACCAAAAAGAAACCUGUUAAAACAAAACCUAAAAUCGCAAUCAAAAUAGAGAAAAGGAAAAGAAAUCGGAAGCCGACUUUUGUUCACUGUUCCGGUUGCAAAUCACGGGUGAGAUUACAUUUAAUGGGUAAACAUCUCAUAUCCCAUUACCACUUUCGAAAAGCCACUGACAUCAGAAGCGAAGCUUACCAGCAAUUGAUUCUGGAUAACAUAACGGCUAUCGUACACCAAUCACCAUUUCAGUGCAGUCCUUGCAAAUUUUACACCAAUUGGCUGUCCAACUUCAUGCACCAUUGGUUUUCUGAAGAGCACGAAAACAAAAUGGCUACCUUAGACGGUAGACAUUGGUGUUCUUUUUGUAAAUACGAGUGCAAUACCUCGCAAGAAAUGCUACAACAUAUGUCAGGCUCCGACCAUAGUGAAGUAGUAGCAGUGAUAAAUAGAUCGAUGCCCAUAAUCAUAAGGAAAAAAACAGUAUUAUCAUGCGAGACUUGUGGAGAAGAAUUCAAAUAUAAUAUAGAAAUCAAACGCCACUGUCACAAAACUGGACAUAAGCUAGCAUUCACGGCUACUGAUGAUUAUCAGGAGCUUCACAAAUGCCAACAGUGUAAAGCCAAAUUCAAAACUUCUUUGACCCUUGCGGCUCAUUUGAAAUCAAAGCAUAAACAGAAGACCUUAUUCUGUUUAGUAUGUUCUUUGACAUUUAACACAUCGGAAGAAGCGAAGCAUCAUCGGUUCACCACGGAGCAUCGUGUGCGAAAGAAAGAAAUUCUCCAAAAUAAAGGAGUGCCUGUAAAAGAUUUGAGCAGAAAAUGUACCUAUUGCACCGAAGAAGUGGUGUUGAAAAAUAUUUUGGAGCUGAAAGAACAUAUACGGACAAUACAUCCUGAAAUCAAGAAAAGGUGUCCCAAAUGCGGCAUGUCCUUCGUUCUCUUUCAAGAGGUCACUCGACACGUCAGAAGUAACGCCUGUCAGUUCGGUGACGCGCACUCAGUAGACUCCUCCAUCGUUUGGAACUGCAGUAAAUGUCUGUUCAACACAGACUCUCAAGCGGAAUGCUACUUCCACGAAGUCUUACACACGGACCCUGUCAAAGUACACAGAAAACUAGGCGACAAAGAGAAAUUAGUCGAAAAAUACCAAUGCCCUCUUUGCCCGAAGAGUUUUACAAAACGAUCUCUACGUCAGCAUUUGCGACUGCACACCUUCGAAAGACCUUUCGUGUGCUCAAAAUGCGGUGCCAACUUCACCACUCAAUCUAGUCUCUCGAACCACUUUAAAAACAGCCACGGGACCCGUUUACUAAAAUCUAACCCUCCCAAAAAGCUUGUGAUACCAGUCCAGCCCUCCUUGAAGGAUGACUUCAGAUGUAACAAGUGCUUGAAGACUUUCACCAACCGGAGCGCUCUCAGUCGGCACGAAUGUGAAGGACGGCGUUGUCCUCACCCUGGCUGCACGUAUGUGGGCUCUUCACAAGCGAUACUCAACAGGUAAUCUAUUUAUAUGUAUUAUAUCGAUAAGUUACUAAUACAUAUAGGCACCACAAAACCUAUACCUAAUUUUUUAAAUGCUCAUUGCAUUUUUAUUGUUCUUUUUCUGAUAAAUAAAAAUUUUAUUUCAUUUAUUAGCAAUAAUGAAAACAUAGAUACCUUAAUAUGAUGAGAUAUUGAAAU